AUGAACAGUUCUCUGGCUCUACCAAUCCAUUAUGCAGGAGGCUAUGAACCCCAGGAUUCUAAGGAAUGGAAGGUGGUGAUCCCAGCCUUCUUGGGGGUGAUCUGCCUGGCUGGUUUUGCAGGGAAUGUGUGUGUAAUUGGGAUCCUACUGUACAACUCAAAGAAAGGGAAACCAUCCAUGAUCCACUCCUUGAUUCUCAACCUGAGCCUGGCAGAUCUGCUCCUUGUUCUUUUUGUUAUACCCUUCAGGGCAGCCGCUUACUCCAGAGGAGCCUGGUACUUGGGAUGGGUUCUUUGCAAAACGUCUGACUGGUUCCAACACGCUUGCAUGACAUCAAAGAGCUUGACCAUUGCUGUGGUUGCCAAGACUUGUUUCAUGUAUGCAAACAACCCAGCUAAGCAGGUGAACAUUAAGUGGCACACCAUCUGUGUAGUGCUGCUGGCUAUUUGGCUGGUGGCCUUGGGAAUCCCACUGCCCUUGUGGUUCUUCAGCAGCCUCUGGGAGCCAGAGGUAGGCUUUACUUUGUGCAUCGUGAUUAUUCCAGCCCACGCUCGUGAGUUUAUGCUAGCCUUUGUCAAGCUUUAUCCCCUGCUGGUAUUUUGUGUGCCCCUCACCUUUGCUUUCUUUUAUUUCUGGAGAGCUUAUGGCAGAUGCCAGCGGAGGGGGACCAAGACUCAAAACCUGAGGAACCAGAUCCGAUCCAGGUGCCUGACUAUGAUGCUUCUGAGCGUUACUGUCACCUCUGCCGUGAUGUGGCUUCCCGACUGGAUAUCUUGGCUGUGGGUCUGGCACCUGAAGGAGGAUGGGCCUGCUCCCCCACAAGGAUUCAUGGCCACAACCCAAGUCUUGAUGUUUGCCAUCUCUUCAGCCAACCCUCUUAUCUUCGUACUUAUGUCUGAAGAGUUCAGAGAGGGUUUUAAAGGCUUGUGGAAAAGGGUUACAUUGAAAAAGCCUCUGCCUGUUCCAGAAGACCAGGAGGUAACAGCAGCCGAGGAGACAGAGGGAGUCCCAGAUUCUGUUCCUUCUCCAGAGGCAGAGACUCCUGUUGAAGAGAAAGAGUCCCCCUCCAUCCCCCAAACCUCAGAAAGCAUGGAAAUCAAGGAGAUGCCCAUUUUGCCUGAUGUUGAGCAAUUCUGGCAUGACAGGGAAGCAGUCCCCGAUGCUCAAGACAAUGACCCUAUUCCUUGGGAACGUGCCGGUGAAGAGACAGUAGGUUGUGAUCAAUAA